ACACCAUGUUGCCACUUCAGCUAGUUAUAUCGUAUCCGAACUUGGUACUGCAUAGAGGCGACUGUCACUCUGUCUCAGUAUCAGUAUACUGACAUUUGUUAUCAGUAUAGCACUGCUAUAAUAGAACACCGACUAAAGUAGGACACCUAUUAUGAUUUCGCAGCUGAAAUUCUCUGGCCGAAAACAAUAGUUAAUCAGUGGAGUGCAGUUGAUCAACUGUGCAUUGUGUAAGCCGGAUAUCAAGUGACGUUCGGAAUAAAUUUAUUGAAUGGAUACCUUGUCUCAUAUCAAUUUAAAAGCCUGAACGCAAAUUGAAUUUACUCAGCGUGAUGAACAUUGAUGGAAGUCAUUUCAUGAAAUAUUCUCUCGUGAUAUUAUUAACUGACACACUGACAGGGGUUUGUCUGAUCGAAUAAUUAAUAUGAGUGAACAUGAGCUACGAAAUAUUGAAUGAUCCGCUUGUGAAGAGCAUUCAGGAUGCCAGCGUUGGUUUCAUGUCCCCUCCAGAGGUUCAGCUCGAUACAGGAUGCAUAAUCACACUCCAAUUCACAAAAUAUCGACAACAAAUCCGCAAAUUCAAAGUGAGGCCAGAUGAUAUAUGGAUCUGCACUUUCCCGAAAUGUGGAACAACAUGGUCACAAGAAAUGAUUUGGUUACUAAUAAAUAAUAUAAACUUUGAACAAGCCAACACAGAACCAUUGCAUAUGAGAACUAUUUUCCUGGAUUACAAGACGUUGCAUCCUGAGAAUGAUGAAAUACCAAACACAAUCGAAAUAGCAGAAAAUUUGCCAUCUCCUAGAAUUAUCAAAACGCAUUUACCUGUCAGUGAACUACCAGAAGAAAUUUUUACUGUCAAGCCAAAAAUUAUCUAUGUACAUAGGAAUCCCAAGGAUGCAGCAAUCUCUUACUAUCAUCAUUUUGUGUUUUGGAACAACUAUGUAGGAUCAAGAGAGGAUUUUUUGACGGCAUUUGCAAAGGAUAAGUUAAUCUACAGUCCGUUCUGGGAUCACGUCCUGGGUUUUUGGAACAAAAGGGAGGAUUCGAAUGUACUAGUCAAUAGUUUCGAAGAAAUGAAGAAGGAUCUGAAAGGAGUUCUGAAGAGAACAGCUGAUUUUCUGGAGGUGACCUACACGCCUGAGCAGGAAGCGGCUCUCCUGAAACACCUGAGCUUCGAGUGCAUGAGGAUCAACCCGAUGACCAACUUCGAGAGCGAGUACAAGGAAGCCGGAAGAGAUAAGGAAUGUCAGUUCAUAAGAAAAGGAGAAGUGGGGACCUGGAAGAAAGAAAUGCCUGAAGAAAUUAGGAAUAUGUUUGAGGAUUGGACGGAAGAGAAUCUCCAAAACACAGAGUUUCCUUUCUACAGAAAUAAUAAUAAUAAUUAAACCUUUAUUUAAAAUGAUAACUUCACUCAUCGUUGAGUUCAACUCCUACAACUUAACUGUUCCAGAUAUUAUGCAGUAACUGUUCAUCAAGCCAAUUUUUUUGCAGUCGUCACGUGCGAUGAGACAAUUAACAUUGAGAUUGACCCUUCCAAUAUUCCUCUCGAUUUCUCCACAACGUUCUAAAAAUUAUUUUUAUUUCUGUACAUCAAUUUUCAGAACCUUGGGAUGCUGCCAUGGAUUCCACAGUCAAAAAUAUACGUGCUUAAAAAGUAUUCUUUCCCACAAGAUUUUAUAUGUUGUUUUUAGCGUAUUAUAAAGACUAAUUUGAUAGCUCAUUCCAUUAUUUAUAUGAAGAAGUCUUUAGUUUUCAAAUCUCAUGCAGAAACGACUACUUGAUAGAUAUUAAAUUAAGAAUGAUUAUUCAUUAUAAGAUUAAUUUUUCAUGGCACAAAUAAAUAUAAUAUUUUGAGCACUACAUAAUCUCAUCACUAUCUUGGAGAUCCCGUGCUGUUUCAUUGGUAGCCUACAGUAUUUUGUGAUCAUUUAUACAACACAACUUAUCAAUAAAUUCUAAUGUUUUA